GUUUCCACAGCGUGAUCAUGGCUGAGUACAAGCUAGAGGUGACAACAGGUGACAUGCAAUAUGCAGGAACAUGGGACCACAUCUAUGUCACCUUAUUUGGAACUAAUGGGCAGAGUGAGAGAACUGAGUUGGACAACUAUGGCUUUGACUUUUCAACUGGGACAACAGGGACCUACACCAUUAAAACCAGUUCAUCUCUGGGGAAACUUCUGCUGGUCAAAGUGAAGAAAGACCCUUUUUUGUUUCUCUCAGAAGAUGAGUGGUACUUCUCCAAAGUAGUGGUGACGACUCCAGAAGGAGAAGCCAUUCUUUUCCCCUGUUACAGAUGGAUCUCCAGGGGAGAACUGGUGGAGCUGAGAGGAGGGAAAGCCAUGAAGGGUUUUGAGGAGGACCAUCCCCUGUUGAUUGACCACCGGAAAAAAGAGCUGAUGCAUAAAAAGAGCUUUUACCAAUGGAAGAUUAUGGCUGAAGGACUUCCCCACAUCAACCAUUCUGAUGAUGCGUCUGAGCUCCCAGCUGAAAUCCGCUACUCUAAGUCCAAAUCAACUGAAGCAGAUAAUACAAAAACAAUAAUUGGUCUUGAACUGAAGUUGAAGGGGCUGGUUGGAUCUAAUGAAAAGUGGGAAAGCAUUGAAGACAUGAAAAAAAUCUUCUGGUGCAAAAAGACAACAAUGUCAGAGUAUGUUUCAGAGCACUGGAAGGAAGACAACUUUUAUGGAUUCCAGUUUUUGAACGGAGUCAACCCCAAUGUGAUCAAGCGCUGCUCAGAGCUUCCCCCAAACUUUCCAGUCACAGAGGAGAUGGUGAAGCCGUUCCUGGCAGAGGGAACCUCUCUGCAGAAGGAAAUGGAGAAAGGCAACAUAUUCCUCUAUGACCAGAAGAAGAUGGAUGGAAUAACCCCCAGAACCUAUAACGGUGAACCUCUGCAUGUGACUGCUGGUCUCUGUUUACUCUACAUGAACCCAGAAAACAAACUGAUGCCAAUAGCAAUACAGCUGCACCAACAACCCUCUGAGCAGAACCCCAUCUUUCUGCCCAGUGACCCAGAGCCUGACUGGCUGCUGGCCAAGAUGUUCAUCAAAAAUGCAGAUUCCAUGGAUCAUCAAGCAGUUCAACACCUCAUGAACACUCACUUUCUGGCUGAGGUCUAUACUGUUGCCGCUCUCCGCAGCUUCUCUGUGAUUCACCCCCUCUAUAAGCUGCUGAUUCCACACUUCCGAUACACUCUCUACGUGAACACUGCAGGCCGCAAAACUCUUUUUGGACCAGAGGGGGCUCUGAGUAUAAGCUCACUUGGAUAUGAUGGCCUGUUUGAGCUCAUGAGAAGGACUCUCUCUGAAACAACCUACAGCUCCCUCUGUCUGCCAGAGAACAUCACUGCACGAGGACUGGAGUCCAUUCCCAACUUCUACUACAGAGAUGAUGGCCUGAAGUUGUGGAACAUCAUCAACAGCUUUGUGAAGGCAGUAGUGGAGUACUAUUACCCCUCAGACAGUGAGGUGUGUAAAGACACUGAGCUGCAGGAUUGGAUCAGUGAGAUAUUCACACAUGGCUUCUUAGGAAACAAAGCUUCAGGGUUUCCAGCAGAGUUUCAUACUGUCGAGGAGGUGAUCAAGUUCAUCACCAUGGUGAUCUUCACAGUGACAGUUCAACAUGCUGCAGUAAACAAUGGGCAGUAUGACUACUACUCCUGGAUGCCCAAUGUCUCCCUCCUGUUGCACAAACCUCCUCCAACCACUAAGGGGCAGUCAAGCAUGAGGACAAUUUUGGAGACCCUCCCAGAUGUUGGCGAGACAGUCAGCUUUGCAGCUCUGACUUGGCUGCUUUCAGACAAAUACACAGAUGUUGUUCCCUUGGGUUCAUACCCUGAGGAACGCUUCGAUGAGCCUGCCCCUAAGCAGAUGAUUAAGGAAUUUCAAGCAGAGCUGUCCUUUCUCAGUGAAGCAAUUACAUUAAGAAACUCACAGCUUGAAGUACCCUAUACAUAUCUGAACCCCGCUGAGAUAGAGAACAGUAUAACUAUUUAAAAAGUUCUGAGGGAACCAUUCUACAGGAGCUGACUGUAUCCAUGUAUUUCUCAACACCAAUACUGCAUGCUGGGAGGUGCGUUAUAGUUUGCAUUUAGCACAUACAAUCGGUGAGGUGUUAGAGAGAGCUUGUGAGGUGUUACAUACUGGGACAAGAGGAGCAUAUUUAAGUUGUAUAACCAUGAGUGGGACCGUGUUAUGGUGACAUAUAGACCUGCAGUACUGUAUGUGGAGUGGGAAUUUAACUGAUGAACACAGGCCAACUUUUAUUAUUAAGCUUUCGCACGUAUUUUUGUAAUCAGAGGAUUGUUCUCUUAUUAUAUACAAUGGAA